AUACGAAUGCAACCUUUUGCGGAUAAAAGUGAAUAAAUGAGACACGACCGCAUUUUUCUUUUACCGCACGGAACCGAUGGAAGGAAGAGAGAUGGGCAAUCGGUCAUCGGCUUGGUUAAACGAGACUGCAAUUGGAAUCAACAAUUUGAAAGAAAUCCACCAAAAAAUUAGAGUUCUUAAUCUUAACGCAAGAAUUGAAAAACAGCCUACAGUGGUGGAUGAAACAUCACAGUCUGUUCUUAAAUACAGAACUCCCAAUUUCAGGGUGAGUGCUACUAUUGAAUUAGCCCCGAUGACUGAGCAGCAGAAAUGGAAAGUUGGUUGGAUACAGGCCUGUACAGAUAUGAUGUUCCACAACACAUACGGAGAUGAAGGAUACACAAGUUGGGAAUUUCCAGAGCUGACAAGUGGUCAGCAAUCAAUGAUCAGCGAUUGUGAUGGACAUCAUUACCCAUGGUACGGUUCAAGAAACGAAACAGUUGUUUUUGAAGGGCCUUGCAAAAUGUACCAAUCUGCAACCAUCGCCAUGAACGAUAACUUUCAUCCUCACGUAACUUGGAGAAACCCAUCUAACCGUAACCAAACUGAACCAAACCUUAGUCAUAUUAUUCGUGACCAGAGUUUUUAUGUAUGGUUAGUUGCAUGGAACAUGACAACUCAAAAUGCUUAUAUUUUGAAAACCGUUCGCUGGAAUAUGAAACUGGAAAUUAAUGUUGACCCAAAGAAAGCUCUCGGCGCAAGGGCCAAACUUGUCACCUCUGUAGUUCCAAAGCAGCCCACUGUUUUAGAAAACAAUAUUCCGAUUCCUAGAUGUUCUUUAAUGCCACCAAAUGCCAAUAGUGCUCAGAUGCUGGUAUGGAGACCUCGUUUAGGUGAAGCCCAAUGUAUUAUACCUCCUGUCUGGAAGAAAGAGGUUCCAGUAGAAGAGCAAGUUGUUCGUUUUGACAGCAAGCUUUGUAAACUUUAAUCAACAUUUCAUAUAGCUUUAUUUCUGUGAUAAAUUUUAUACAUGUUUUUUUUAAAUAUAUUUAUAAGGGUUUUUAGCAUUUUGUAUCUUUUAAUGGAAAGUGCAAUAUUCAGUGCCACUAUUAAAGUAGUUUCUUAGA